AUGGCGUACGAAAAUGCGGACGCUGCAGAUAUGCGACGGUACCUCAAUAGCAGGCAAGAAAGGCAACUCUUAGGGCAAAGCGACUUCCAUCAGGAACAUUCUAGCCCAGCGGCCAAAAAACGUGCUUUAGCUACUGAAACAUCGGCGUCUUUGGAAAGGCAUUUUGCAAGAAUUGAGAUUCAGUCUACGCAAAACCCACGGAGUGAAAACGCCUCAUUCCAUCCCGCUAGUGAAGGACAGGCUGAGAACACAGCUUUAACCUCCAGAAAAUCCAACAAAUCGGAAUCGCAACCUGCGAUCUCGAAUCGUAUACCUCGCACUACUGAAAACUUGAAAAACGAAAACAACGAGUCCCAAGUCCCUGGUCACUUUGAGAGCUCGGAAGAUGACGACUCUGAUCUUGAUGAUGAAGCCGACAAAAUUUCCUUCCAUAAAGAGGAGGUACGGAUUAUUUUGGACAAAGAGCCUCUGGAUAUAGCAUUAUUACUGGUUCACCUAAGGUGUUUAGUAGAAACAUACAAGGUUUUAGAUGAUCCUACAGUACUUGUCUUGCUAUCCGGGUUAUACUUGUUAGGAACUACACCCUCUGGCGCGAACAUGGAGGAGACCGGCAAAUGCCUUGACAUCUUAUCGACCUUCAAGCAUAGCAAUAUAUUGACCCCAUCCGAAGUUAAUCAGGAAUUAGAGCGAACGCAGGGUACACAAUGUACCUUAGCCUACCUUAUUCGCGCCAUGGCUUAUUUUCGAUUGAAAAACUACCCAGCUGCGUACAAAGACAGCCGUCGCGCAAUCAACUUGAGCAAGAAAUUAGAUAUGUCGAUAUCUAAGUGGUGGGGUCCCUGGAAAAUGUACAACCAGUGUGCAUAUGAGAUUGCGGCUGCUUCGUCGAAGUUAAUGGGCAACGAUGGUAAUAUGCUCUACUACCGUUCGCUUUGUAAAGAGAAGGAAAGUAGGAUAUGUCUACAUGUUUCAAUAGAUUAUGAAUCGCUCGAACUCCCCACAGUCUCCGAGUUGGGCCGAGAUAUUCCGAGAAUUGCAAACGCGACUCAGAUUGGAGAGGAUUCUGGUCCAUCGAAUCGUGUUUCAGUACCGGAGCCAACCCAGGGAUUGCCUAGUCAUAUCAGGAAACGGGCUGCGGACCAGUCAUCGAAUAUACCACGAGAUGGCGAAUCAACAAGGAAAGAUGCUAUAAAUACAUCACAAACUAGUGAUCUAAAUACAUCAGCACAAAUCCAGGGGGCUAGCCAUGGAGAAAGUUCGGCUGCCCAAGUUAGCGAGGGUCCGGAAGUCUAUAGACUCCCCACCCCGUCUUCUCAGCUCCUCGAUAGCGCAAUUACCGAACGGGGGAACCUCGAAACUAACAACAGGCCUGAAGGUCUUCCACGGUCAGAGGAGGAACUCGACUUGAGCGUAAUAAUACCGCCAUCUCUUCCCAACAACUUCCGAAUGUCUUGGUGCUCACCGAUACCAGCCCAUAAAUCUCAGGCUGCCAUUGCCCACAAGGACACAAUGAAUUGCCAAAUAUUCACAACAUUUAAUUUGAACACAAGCCUAGGGACCCGGGUCGCAUCUGUCUGGCUAGACUUAGUAAAUGAGUUUGAUGCGAGCCACAUCCCCGACGCCUUAAAAUUAACUUUCCAAAGUUAUGAAGAUAUCAUAUGGGUACUCGAUUACUGUAUCAAGAAUAACCAGUUGGAAAUUGCUUCGUCUAUACUUACUAAAGGGUACCAUUAUCACCGAGGAGAGUGGUUACAAGUUGGAUAUGACUACCAACUCAAUUGCCUUCCCUGGGUUCACACCAAUGACAGAAAAGUUGCAAGUGUUUGGCACUUUCUACCCGCUCUACUUGCCUCGGAACCAGGCAUUGAGGACAGUUACAUCUCGGAAUGCGUAUCACUCCUUUCUCUGGUUCUCGGUUUUCCGUUGUCUAAAUCUACCUUUGAGUCGAAGGCAAAUCUACUCCAAGAAACUCUUACUAUCUCACUGGCAGUCGGGAACACCACAAUGGCGUCAGCAAUAGCAAGACAUGCCACGCACUUGCUUACAGCACAGCCACUACGGACCCUUCCAAUCCUAUCUGGAAAGCACGGGUAUCUCAUGUCCCCUCUUCCUUUAUCGGUAAUUCUGGAGAGCAAACGGGGAUAUAAGACCAAAGGGUCAUUCCUUUCUUUGGUAAAACGAUCUUUUUGGGAGUCUACCGAAUUGAAUUGCAAAAUAUACGGUCUGAACCUCUUUCAUACAGCCGCAAGACACACAACCUUUUUGACAUCGCCGCUAUUAUAUCUCCUAAGGAAUCAUAACUGUCGGAGCUGUUUUACCAAGAUAAUUGAGGACGAUACCCCCGGCAUAUAUGUCACAGCAUUCGAUAUCGUUCUAUCACGAGCUGUGACUCUCAGAAGUUUUGGUCAACAGCAAUACGGAAUUCUAGCUGAAAUCGCCAAUUUGUUCUAUCAAUUCGGAGCCGCCUACAUAAACGACUUUGCAUUGCGCAAAGAAGAUUUAGAGAUACUAGACUCGACAGGGUUUCCAUCUUUGUUCUCUGUUAAGAGAAUACCUAACUCUAUUGGCAAAUCAUCGUGGGCUGAAUGGGAAAAUGCUUGA